CGACUGCGCAUAAUCUUUGUCAGGUUUUUUGUCGCAAGAAAUCUGUUAUUUCAAAAAAAUGAAACAGAGGAUUUGCAACCAGAAGGGCACUUUAUUAUGACUAUGACAAGUUGUCAGCACAUAACUGAGUACAAGUCUAAAUAUGGAACCAACCAAUUUCGAAUAAUUCAUGCAUAUUUUAUCGCUACUUCAUCGGACAGUGCAAGGCAAAGAAAGGGAAAGUCUGGGGUAUGUCACACCUGCCGCUUCCCAUCCUUCAGACUCCAUGCCUGUCUGUAUUGUGUAUUUUUUGGCUGUUACACGACCAAGCACAUCCAUGAGCAUGCAUUCUCCAAGAAUCACAAUUUAGCUGCUGACAUGACAUAUGGGACGAUUUAUUGCUUUGAAUGUGGAGACUAUGUUUAUGACAAAGAACUGGAAAGCAUUGCUCAUAUCCAAAAUGAGAAAGCUGCCAAGUCUUUAGGGAUGAAAACAUACAAUUUCAUAGCAUGGGAACCAACUGAUGUAGAGGUUGAAAUUCUUAGACAGAAUCCCAAGAGGAGAAAAGUAGAAAAUAAAUCAACUAUAGGAUUGAGAGGGCUAAUUAAUUUAGGAAAUACCUGUUUUAUGAACUGCAUUGUGCAAUCAUUGAUUCACACCCCGGUGCUACGUGACUUUUUCCUUGCUGAUAAGCACAAUUGUCAAAUGACCUCAGUAGAAGCUCAACAGUGCCUUGUUUGUGAGAUGGCAAGGCUUUUCCAACAGUUUUAUUCUGGCAAUAGAACUCCCCAUAUUCCGUAUCGUCUAUUACAUUUGGUCUGGACCAAUGCUCGACACCUGGCUGGCUAUGAACAACAGGACGCUCAUGAGUUUCUGAUCGCAGCACUUGAUGUGCUGCAUCGGCACUGUAAAGGUUACUCAGAUAAUAAGUGUUUAUCCAUCAACAAGUUCUUCACAGGGAGAAAUGGAAUGGCUUCAGGGAAUCCACAUCACUGUAACUGCAUCAUCGACCAAAUCUUUACUGGUGGUUUACAGUCAGAUGUCACAUGUCAGCAGUGCAAUAAUGUGUCAACCACAAUAGACCCAAUAUGGGACAUUUCUCUUGACCUGGGACCAGGUGCCAUACCAAAUGCUCUCCUUAAUGUUAAUAACUCCAGCUCAUCCCCAAGUUCAGGUUUUACAAAUAGUCCAGGAACUUAUGAACCUACCUCAUUAUUAGACUGCUUAAAAAGAUUUACAAAGCCUGAGCACUUAGGCAGUUCAGCUAAAAUCAAGUGUAGUACGUGUCAUAGUUACCAGGAGUCCACUAAACAGCUGACUAUGAAGAAGCUGCCAAUAGUGGCCUGUUUUCAUCUCAAGAGAUUUGAGCACUUAACAGGCCUUCACAAGAAGAUCUCAACUUUUGUAUCAUUCCCCGAGGAGCUGGACAUGACCCCCUUCAUGUCCUCCUCCCGAAAUAAUAACAAUGGCUACAGGAACCAAAUCGUACAGGAAUCUGCCAAAGGGCUUUCAUGUGAUAACAAAUAUUCAUUGUUUGCUGUUGUGAACCAUAUGGGUACAAUAGAAUGCGGCCACUACACCUGUUUUAUCCGACAACACAAGGACCAGUGGUUCAAGUGUGACGACCACCUCAUCACGAAGGCAACACUUAAUGACGUGCUUAAAAGUGAAGG